AUGAUCACGGACCUCAUCCUGCUCGCGGUGCUCUUCGCCAUCAUUGGGGGGAUCAUUAAGCUCGUCUCGUUCGUGGCACCGCCUCCACCGGGUACGACCAAGCCCUCCAGCGCGACCUCGGGCAAUUCGUCAGCAGUCAAACUCGGUGGUAGCGGCACAACGCUCGACUGGCAGCAUGGGCAGAUGAACCUCAAGACCAACCUUCGACCCGUCACGCAGCAGGAUCUGCUCGAGAAGGCCGAAGCGAGUGGACGCGAUGGAGGGAAGUUCGUCACUGAACACGCGAACAGCUUCAGCUUUGGAAAAAAGGACGCGAGUGGGCUGUAA